UCCGCCCACAUAACGGAAGCACACCUUUUGUUGUCAUUUUGCAAGAAAAUGGCUUCUGUAAGAGCACAAGUAUAAGGGAAUGAACAUACCAACCGCAUAUUAGCUAGCUGGUCUGAAUUUUGUGUGAUCUGUUGUGAUUGACUUAUUGGUUGCUUCGUAAAAGACAAUGCACUUGCUGGAUUGGUGUCACCGUGUGCUCUUCAUGGGUCAGAUGGGAGACAGAUGGCGAUGACAGAAGAACAAUGAUAAAACGUUACUGGUUUCAUUCCGCAAUGCAACAGGCUUUGGAAUGUGCAUUGGAUCGGGCAGAGUACAUUGUGGAGAGUGCCCGUCAGCGGCCGGCCAAAAAGAGAAUUCCAUCUAGUGGGAGGAAGUCUCUGUAUCAAAAGCUGUACGAACUGUACACUGAAGAAUGUGAGAAGGAGCCAGAGUUAAAGAAACUGAGGAGAAACGUGAACCUCCUGGAGAAGCUGGCCUCACAAGAAUCAGUGUCCUGUCUGGUGGUCAACCUGUAUCCAGGAAACGAGGGCUACUCUUUGAAACUCAGGGGGAAAAAUGGAAGUGACUCAGAGACAAUCCGGUUGCCGUACGAGGAGGGGGAGUUGCUGGAGUACCUGGAUGCUGAAGAACUUCCCCCUGUCCUGGUGGACCUUCUGGAGAAAUCACAGGUGAACAUCUUCCACUGUGGGUGUGUGAUCGCGGAGGUGCGGGACUACCGCCAGUCCGGGAACACCAAAAUGCCCGUGUACCAGAGCCACCACGUCCUGCUGAAGCCCACCAUGCAGACCUUGAUCUGUGAUGUCCACGCUAUGACGAGCGACAGCCACAAAUGGACGCAGGACGACAAGCUGCAGCUGGAGAGCCAGCUGAUCCUGGCGACCGCCGAGCCGCUGUGCCUGGAGCCGUCCGUCUCCGUCGCCUGCGCCGCCAACCGGCUGCUCUACAACAAGCAGAAGAUGAACACGCACUCCAUGAGAAGGUGUUUUAAGAGACAUUCCAGGGCCGCUCUGAACAGACUGCAGGAGCUGUCCCAUUCCCCCACGCCCCCUCCGCUGCUCCUGUACGACUACCUGCAGAAGAGGAGGGACAGGAAGCCGGCGCCCUCCGUGGACCUCAAGAUCUCCAGGGCCGGGAACUACGUGGACACAUGGAAACAGAACAUCUGCCAGCUCAAUGCCCCGGCUCAUGUUGAUGUGGAGAAGUAUGCUGUGAUGGAGGAGUCCGUUACGCUGGAGGAGUCGCAGCCUAGUGUCUGGCCUGCACAUGAAGUGAAAGAUGACUACCUUUUCGAAUCAGAAGUGGACGAUGAGGUCCAGAAGACGAAAGUCACCAUCUUUCAGUCUGUGGGGGACCCCCUGGUGUACGGGAGGAUAUACAGCACCAAAGAGCCGAAAGAAGAGGAGGAGGGGAGCGACCUGCAUCUCAUCCACCCCCCUUUCCUCAUUGGCUCGAAAAUUGAUGCAGAUCGAUUCCUGAGCCAGUACAAGGAGGUGUAUGAGAGGGAUGUGAAGUGUCAGGUGAAGGUGCUGCACAGUUCUGAAGGUGCGGGAGGCCAAAGCCCCACAGGGACGGAACCAGAGACGGACAGUCUCUCCAUGCUGGUUCAGCCCUCCUUGUUGGGCAAGGGGCUGGAGCACCGGCCUGCAGCCAGCAAACCGCCUGCAGGGUCAGGAGGCUGUUCCUCAGGGAACGCCCACGGGUCACAGCCGCCCAGCAGCCGCCCGAAAUCGACGACCCCGCCGCCAUCCAAGCCCCCGUCCCUCUCCCGGAAACACUCUGCGGAGGUCUGCCAGGCCGGCCUGCUGUCCUCCUCGGCCCUCUCCCCCGUAGGGUCUUCACAAAGAUCGGGGACACCUAAGCCAUCCACCCCCACCCCCACCAACACCCCCUGCACCACGCCCCUCCCUCACGACACCCAGACCUCCAUGCCUGCCACCACCCCCUCUGCCACGCCCACCCCCCAGGACCCCGCCUUGCCUUCCCAGCCUGCCCUGCUCACCCCAUUGGGCCUCAGCCAGGCCCUGCCGGUCAUGACCAUCCCCCGGCCAUCCAUGGCCACCUCCAUCACCACCGGUAGCUCCUCCCCCCCGGUCAUGAGCAGCUCCGCCGGCCUCAACUUCAUCAACGUGGUGGGCUCCGUCUGUAGUCCCCAGGCCCUGAUGAGUGGGUCUAACCCCAUGCUGGGCUGUGGUCCCGCCCCCAUCACUUCGGGGAUCAACCUGAGCGGGAUCCUGCCCCCUGGGGGUCUGAUGUCUGGGACUCUCCCCGCCAUGCAGUCAGCCACCCCUGCAGGCAGUCCGUUCGGCUUGAGCAGUGCCCCAGGCCUCAGCCCCUUGAAUCUCCUCCAGAUCCCCACCGGCCCCGUCAUCUUCAACUCCCUGCAGCAGCAGCUGUCCCAGUUCUCCCCUCAUCAGUCCAGCAGCCAGUCCGCCACCUCCAGCCCCCAGCAGCAGGGGGAGCCGACAUCUGACCAUGGUGUGGGCGGGCCGGACCAGGGCCUGACCAAUCAGCAGACAGCAGUGAUAAACCUGACGGGAGUGGGUGGCUUCAUGUCCCCUCAGGCAGCAGUGCUGUCCCAGCUGGGCUGUGCCCUGGAAAGUUCCGGGCCCGGCCUGCCAGCGCCGGGGCUCCAGCUCUCUCCAGCUUUACAGCAGCAGCACCAGCAGCAGAUACAAUUGCGAUUCUUGCAGCACCAAAUGGCCAUGGUGGCAGCGGGGGCUCAGGCGGCGCUGCCGCGGCAACCUACCGCCAGCCAACCAAGAAGUAAGAGGAAACGCAGCACGCCGCACGCCUUCUCCAAGUCGUGAACUUUACCGCGAGCCGCCACGCAAGGACUCUGGCUUUUCUCCCCUUGAAGACUUUGUCCCCUCACAGUCCUCUGUACCUGCUUUUGCAGGGCAUCUGACACAUCAGUCACACGAGAACCUAAGAAUUUUUUAAAAUAAUCUUUUUAUUUAAAUACUAUUUAAAUUUUUGUGUAGCUGAGAGAAGGUGUGUUCAUUGGACUGGAUUGGCCAGAAACAGGAUGUCCAUAUUAGGAAGCCAAACGGGAGGAUCUGGAAGAGAGAAAUGUUUUUUUUACUUCUUCACAGUGUGUGGUGAUAUCUGUUGGAGGACUCUCUUUGUCAUUUAAUUCUGUGAAUAUGGAGUGUGUGUUUUUAAAAAAUCAAACUUGUACCCACGCCCUUGAUGAUCGUGUCCAGAGACCGAUGGGUUUUAGGCACGGGGGUGACUUUCACUGAUCUUGUCAAAUACGGGACGUUAUUUAAUGUGCAAUCUUGUACAUCGUUUGCAUUUUAAUGCAGCCAUUUUUAAGGCUUAAUGUUUCAUUCGCGAGAGCGAAAGUGUGUUUGUAAGACCUGUUUGUGUGUGUGUGUGCUGGACACUUUUGGGCCACAAAUGUGAAUUUAUGUAACGGUUGUUCGUCAGCCAUUUUAUUGCGAUAAGGGAAGUAAAUGUGUACACACUGACUGUGUGGAAAAAUACAAAUGCCACUUUUAGGAAAAACGAAAAGCGUCUUGGCUAGCUUGCUGCACUAUUGGUUCUCUGUUCUUAUGGCCCUACUCUGUUAUGCAGCGUUGAUGUUUCUCACCAGAGCAAAACCUCCAUGUUUGUUAAAAGGAAGGGAGUUUGUGAUAUGGGCACCAACAGUACAUGGGACUGCGUUGGCUUUGAUGUAAUUGGUGUCUUUGAGAAAAACCGCAGUAGUGUAACUGUAAUGAAAGCAUCAUUGAAUUACAUGUCAGAAGUAACCGGGUUGUGUGAUGGUGUCCGUAUCGCUGUCAGUCACUGGGCUGGAGGAGUUAACAUCCUGUGUGUCUGGAGAAGGUGCGGAUUGCGGGCACCAGAGGAACCAGCCGUGUAACAUGGACUGGGUGUUGCUCUCCCCCUCUGUGGUAGGUUUGGCUAGAUUUGUACCACUCUGGGGGACUGCCAGCUACACAGACAGCCCUGGCAGGGUCAGGUUUUGACAUCAACGUCACUUCUUUGUGGAGUCUCAGCAGCGUGAGCUCGGCAGCAGUCAGUCUGCACCGAAACCCGACCGCAGGACCUACAAUAACUGAACCAUCAAAGAAAUGACGUUGUGCAGAAACCACAACCGUUAUUAUGAACACAUCAGCCUGCGCACAAAGCUUGUUGGUAAUUAAUCACUGUAAAUCACACGUCGUAAAUUAAGCCGAAAACGGGUCAGCCGCCGUUUUGUUUUGAAACGACUCCCUAACUCGUCUCCUGCAAACCCGGCCCGCGCAGGUGUAUUUCUGCACCUGGAACACGCGCUGGAUGUUCCACGGCUUCGGAACAUUAAACGCUACGGUCAAGCUGAAGUCCUAAGUUGAAUGAAAUGAGCUGUUUCUGACUCACUGAGGGGAAAAAACUCCACGCGGUUUUUUUCAUAGUGCGGAACACUCCAGACCUGGAGAAUGAAUUUAUGACAUCAUGCUGUGAGCGCUGAGCUGUGGCUGCGGUGAUCUGCGAGAUCGCAGGGUGCCGGGAGAGAAUCCGCGUAACCAUGCUUCCGGUUUUAGCCGCAGACGUGUCCCCUCCCGACUAAAGAGGUGCUUGGAUUUGCUCCUGAUGUGUAACUUAAAAAAAAAAAAAAAAAUCCACUAGGUGGCAGUGUGUUAUUUAAGUGGUUCUAUUAAAAGUCUUUUUUGUGUGUGUGUUUUUA